AUGAAUUGGCGCUUGCUAGUGGCCUUCAGCGUGGCCAUCAUCGGCGGAGCACUGUUCAGCUCCUACUUACCUGACCUGCAUGGAAGCCAGACAGAGCUCUCGCGCACUGACAAAAUUUCAAUAAGCAAGGGAACUGUCUUCAGUGGAGCAGCUGCUUCUGGUUUCAUCUCCGGCGGGGGACUGUUGUCCAAUGCGGAGGCUGUGGAGUUCGCACAACCUGCGGAGCAUGACGUCAAGCUGGACAUACCGCCUGUGUUCAAAUGCAAUCCCUUUGAUCAUGUGCUGGUCGUCAACCUCGAAGGCCCCGGCGGAGAAGCCCGACGCAACCACAUCCUCCGAGAGUUUGCAAAGAAAGGCCUGAAGGGAAGGUUCAAGUUCUGGCCUGCAGUGAACUUUGGCACAGACGAACAGCUGGCCCAGGAGACAGGGAAGAAGAAGUGCCCCUGUGAUCCCAAAAAAGGCUGCGCGCUCAGCCACCGGCGUAUUUAUGAGACCAUGCUCGCCGAGCAGUGGGCAUGCGCGACGAUCUUCGAGGACGAUGUGACCCUCGCGGAAAACUUCACCGCGAGAAUAGAGGCCACCAUCGACAGUAUCCCACCAUUUGAUGUGAUCUUAUGGGGCUUCUGCCCCGGUGGGUCCAAGCCGAGACACGGACCCAAGGAUCAGAGCUCGGUCCCCAUUCUUAGGUAUGGUUGGCCGGGCUCGUGUGUCCAUGCCUAUACCGUCAGUCUGUCGGGGGCGCUUGUGAUGACUCAGGCGAACACGCCGGUCCAAGUACCUCCAGAUGGAGCCAUGGACGGCAUGCAUUGGUACCACGACAGGGCGAGGCUGCAUAUCGAUCGAUCUGGGGGAGUGAUAACUGGCUCCUAUUGGUUUGCCACCCCUCAGCUAUCAUGGCAAGGGGUGGAGGCAGACAAUUUGGACGGAGGAGUGUGA